AUGGUCACCCUCCUAGGAUUCUUUUUCAUUCUUACCAAUGUCAUAUGUUUAGAGAUCUGGAUGCCGGAUCUAGUAGGACCGGGUCCUUCAUGGCUGUAUUAUAGCUUUGCCGUUGGAUUAUGGAUGUAUUCAACAAUGGACAAUGUCGACGGAAAGCAAGCGCGGCGUACAGGACAGUCUAGUGGAUUAGGGGAGCUAUUCGAUCAUGGCAUCGACUCUCUGAACUGUACGCUGGCAAGUUUGUGCGAAACAGCUGCUUUGGCUUUGGGACCUACUCCCAAGGGAGUCUUCACUGCUCUGAUACCAUGUUUGCCUAUGUUCUUCUCCACAUGGGAGACAUACCACACUCACACGUUGUACUUGGGGUAUUUCAACGGUCCUACAGAGGGACUCAUACUCGCCUGUACUUUCAUGAUAUUGUCGGGCUACUACGGACCCCAAAUGUGGCAUCACCCUAUCUCAGACCUAGUGGGCCACUCUGAGAUUAUUGGGCACAACUCUGUCAUCGAUCUCUGGAUCCCAAUCAUAUUUGGCACCUUCUUGGUCGCCCACCUGCCGGCUUGCGUUUACAAUGUCAUCAAGGCUCGUCGUGAGCAGGGUCUUCCUGUCGCUCCUGUAUUCUUGGAGUGGACGCCAAUCGCUGUCUACACAGCUUCCAUCUGCGCUUGGCUCUACUCACCCUACUCAACUUUGAUGCGUGAGAACAGGCUGGUACUGUUCUGUUUGACCAUGUCGUUCGUUUUCGGACGCAUGACAACAAAGAUAAUCCUAGCCCAUCUAACACGGCAGCCGUUUCCUUACUGGACCGUGAUGCUGAUCCCUCUAAUCGGUGGCGCCAUAUUGGGUAACCUUCCAAGAGUUGGUCUAUCGCCAGUCACUGCAGAAGUAGAACUCUGGUAUCUACGAGCGUAUUUCGUGUUCGCUACAGUAGUCUACUUCCGUUGGGCGCUCUUGGUCAUCAAUAGCAUCUGUGCCUAUUUAGGCAUCAACUGUCUGACAAUCACCCCAAAGCCUGCUCCGGGUCAAGAUACGGUGGGUGAGAGGAGUGUGUCCAAUGGCUAUGCACCAGAGAAGCAUGUGCCAAAUGGGAGAGCUGUACAAAAGGGUGACUAG